UAUCAUUUCCGGGAGAGCUUUAUAAACUUCCGCUCCGGUCGAAUUUUAACCCUUUUCCUCUAGACCGGCUCAAUAUGGGAGGUGUGAGAACCAAGACCGUGAAGAAAGCCGCUCGGGUGGUCAUCGAGAAGUACUACACCCGGCUGGGCAAUGACUUCCACAUCAACAAGAGGGUGUGUGAGGAGAUCGCCAUCAUCCCCAGCAAAGCUCUGCGCAAUAAGAUUGCAGGUUAUGUGACCCAUCUGAUGAAGCGCAUUCAGAGGGGUCCUGUCAGAGGUAUCUCCAUCAAACUGCAGGAGGAGGAGAGAGAGAGAAGGGAUAACUAUGUCCCAGAGGUCUCUGCUUUGGAUCAGGAGAUUAUUGAGGUUGAUCCAGAUACAAAGGAAAUGCUGAAGGCUUUCGACUUAGGCAACAUCUCCAACUUGCAGGUCACCCAGCCAAGUGUUGGAAUGAACUUCAAGACACCCAGAGGAGUCUAGAUGUUUAAUUUAUCAGAUGUCAAUAAAGACUGCAAAAAAGAA